AUCAAAGCAAAGUUGCUUCCUCAGUAGAAGCAUGGGUGGAUAAUGGCAUUAUGUUAUUGGUGCUUGGAUACUUUGAGUUGCGUAAUGAUGAAGACGACAUGCUUCACUUUCACAAAAUUUUGCUAGAUGAGGACAAUUGGUCUCAGCACAUUUGUGACAACUCUAGGAGUCACAAGUUUAUCAUCAAGGUUGCUAUACCAGUUGAUUGGAUUGGAAAUUUCGGCUUCAAGUCGAAAACGAUACUUGUAUCAUCGGUAUUUUACGGUUCUCUUGACUCAGGUUCCUUGGUACUUAUUUGUUCUGAUGGAAACCACAUCUUCAGUGUCACCUCAGCGGGUUCCCUCUUCGUUGGGCAGUAAUGAAACUCCUAUCCUUGAUCAAAAACUCAAUUUUCAGAAGGGGUUUUCUUAUUUUGGAUUAGUCUCUGUCAUUAUCCACAAGAUUUCUAGCUUCUCUUAUGGACUGCAUUGUGCCAGCCUUGUUCCUACAAUUUUAAUUGUUGGUACUACGAGUAUUAUGCAAUGCCUUGACUGUGAUUGGAUGUCUUCCUUUCUCCUACCAUCUACAUCUGACAGUGAUGAUCACAAGUCAACAUUAUUUAUCACAGAUGAUACUGCAGGUAACUUUCAUCUCUCCCAUACUGCAGCUAUAUGUCAGCCAAGGAGGGUUUUAGUUGAUGAAGUUGUUGACUUUGACAAAAGAAAUUCAGACUUGGUCUUUAUGAGAUACUCUUAUGGCCCACUUUCAUCAUAUAAUGGUGUACUAUCUCAGACUACUAUGAACACGUUUUUUCAAUAUGUGGUCAGACAUGUUCAUGCAGAUAUACAUUCCUUAGCAAUGACCUCUUCACUUAGUUCACCAUCCCAUGCACUUGUUCCGAACCUGAAUUUGUUAUCACAUAUGGCUGGUAUCUAUUUAUUCAGACCUCUUUGGGUUACCAUUCUGAGCAAAGACGCCCACUGUAGAAUUUUGCUGAUUAUUUCUGUCAAUGUGCUGCUGCCUUUGUCUCAGAAACAAGGCCCUGAACUUAUCUGUGGUGGUACAAAUUUUGGCGUCCCGAAAGUUGUUAAGUGCCUCAUUCAACAUAUCAGUUGUGCACUUAAUGGGAAUACACAUUUUCAAGCGGCCACAAAUGUCAGAAAAGCGCCGACGACAAUGCUUAUUCCUAAUAGUGAAGUUUUUACUGCAGACAAGAGGUUCUUUGCAUCCUCUCUGCUCCGUGCUGAAGUUCUUUUCCUCAUACCUACUGCAUCAUAUGUACUUACCUUAAAAGGAGGCCCAACAUUAGGUGUACAUGUUCAUAUUUUGAGUUUGGAGUUGGUGCAGCAUGUUUGUCAGAUUGACGUGCUGUUUGGUUGGACCAAGGCCAUUGUUGCAAGUAUUUUUAUUCUAUCGCACUUCAAUGACACCACGGCCUUGUCCAAGGGAAUCACCACCACUUUAAUAGCUCAAUUGUCCACAUUUCUAUCCAUAUGGUUGGUCCAGCCUCAACAUGAACACGAGAAGUGGUCUGCUGCAAUUAUUCUUGCGCUUCUCUCCAGUUACCUACAUGUUACUAAUCACCUGAAAAAGUUUGAGGAUACUACAAGACUUGUUCAAGUUAUGUGUAGUUGCAAGAACACUCUUGCAAAAGGACCCUGGGAAGUUGGCUUGGGGUUUUAUUGCCACGAUCUGCUCCUCAAGGCUGCUACAGUUGUUGCUGCAAGAGAUGAGAAGAAGCUGCUACCUGCUUUUGCUCACGGUUGGUUGUCUAACCUUGCGAUUGUUCUGUAUUGCAAAUUAAGUGAUGUUGCACAGAUACUCUGCUCUCUGUUGGUUAACACAGGUGGCACUAUUAUUCUAUCGGUUGACUUUCCACUACUCUUGACAUCAUAUUUUGGAUGCCUAACAUUGUCGUUGGGUGCUAAAUGGGACAAAACUUCAUUAUAUUGUCUUCCUUGGUCUUGCACUGUUCUAGCUACUCGACUGAUGAUCAUCGGUCGUACUUCUGAUUUUGAGACUGCUUUCAGGAAGAAUCCCGUAUACCUCGACAGAGCUCAAGAUUUACUUCUGCAAUGUGAUUUUGAUACUCCUCCAGCAAAUACGAAGACUGCUACGCAUGAUGGGGAAUCCGGCGGGACUCCACUAGAUGUUGACUUGCUCUUUUGGCCAGAGCAGUGUGUUAUGGCCAUACCAGCAAUCCAGUUACUGACGUUAGUGCAUCAGAUACUCCAGGAUGCCUCUGUCUAUCUCCAGCGGAUCAUGUGCCUGCAUUUCUAUCUUUCCAAGUUCAAUCUAAGAGAGUUGAGUGUAUUGAAGUCUUCUGCUGGUCUCGUUUCCCUAUUACGCUGAAGGCCUGAGGACAUGCCUUAAAUUAAGGGGGGAGGAAUGUUAAGAUCUUUUAGUAGUAAUUACUAAUGUUACCUAUUUUGGGCCUUACAUUUAUGUGGUAACUGGACUCGGGUCGGGUUCUCUUAGUGUCGGGUCUCUAGAGUAUGUUUUGAGCUUGAGUUAUAUAACCAACUUCUAUUAUAAGAAGAAAGCUAUGAAAUGAAUAUCAAACUUGCUCAUUUAUCU